AUGUAUUUCCCUCUUUAUAAAGCUGCUGCUGUUUCUGAGGCUCAUUCAGCCCCCGUUAAUCACCUCGCUUCUCGCGCUCCCGAUGGCUGCCCCAGUACCAUAUCUGGUGGCGCCAUCGCCGGCAUCGUCAUCGGCUCGAUCGCAGGAACGCUGCUAGUCCUUUGGUUGUGGCGACUUUUCAGUCUACCCGGAGCCUUCAGUGGAGGACGCGAGCCCGAUGUCGGAUAUCGGCCUCCAGUGACUCGAUCGGGUCGCAGACGCCGCAGUCGCGAGCCUCGAGUGGAUUAUAUCGAGAAGCCGAGACGCAGCUCGUCGAGACGGCAUCGCGAUGAGUACUAUACCGAUGACGUGCGGCGACCGGCGAAGAUUUAUGUGACAGAGUAA